CCCGCUGACUCCCACCCUCCGCAAACUCUCAUAUUGUAGAUCCCCAAAAGCCACUGUCUCUCUUUGAAGCCAGAAACAGAAGCAAGGCAUUACGGCACUGCUACUAACUCUAAUCUGCCUGUCUUAUCUAUUAGUACAUCUCGGAUACUGUAUCCGCUACUCGCUAAAGCAUGCUGGAGCCACAGCACAUGUAAGUCCCUGUCUCGUCAUGGUGACCUCCACUAUUGCUUCCGUUGUCCAACCCCCCAAAAUCUAUUCCAUUGCCUCGUCAUCAAAUCAGCUUCGACAACUCACACCGUCUGUGGCUGCGAGACCAAUACCGAUACCGCUAUUUAUCCAAUCAUGAAUUGAUCAUCGCCUGAACUGGAGUAUUGGGCUUGGCUCUGUCACAUGCUUUUUCUUCUAUUCUUUGCUCUGUCUCUAGUCUGUUUCUGCUCUCUAUUCAAGAUAGAUGUCUUGUACACCCGCUUGAACAGAGCAAACCUUUCCCUCUCUAUUGUCUGCCUGCCUACACCGACAGUCGAUACAAUGAGCUCCUCGACUGAUCGCUUCCGCAGGAAAAGGGUCGCCAUUGUCGGCAGCGGCUCUGCUGGAAUAGGUGCUCUGUGGGCAUUGAACAAGACGUAUCAUGAUGUCUACGUCUACGAAGCCUCCGACAGGUUUGGCGGUCAUACAAACACUGUCGAUUUCAAAAAGGGAAAGUUUUCGACAAAGGUCGAUGCAGGCUUUCAUGUUUUGAACGCCGCCACAUACCCCAACUUUACCAAGUUCUUGGAGAAGAUCAACGUCAAGACUACACCUACAGACCUAACAUUCAGUCUAUCUCGAGAUCGCGGCGCUUUCGAAUGGUCCGGUUCCAGCCCAGCCUCAUUAUUUUGUCAACGAAGAAAUUUACUCUCACCGCGAAUGUGGCGAAUGCUUUUCGACAUAUUCCGUUUCAACCAAUUCGCCUUGGAUAUCUUGAGCGAUGACGAAGACGAUAUAUCGAGCAUUGAAGUUUUAAACAAAGCGACAAACUGUACCUGCAAAGACAUCACAAUUGGGCAAUACUUGGAGCUUGAAGGCUACUCGAAUGCCUUUAGAGACGAUUAUCUUCUUCCUCUGGCGGCAUCAAUAUGGAGCACGAGUCCUGACAAGUGCUCACUUGAGUUCCCCGCAGCGACAUUCGUGCGCUUCCUUUGGAAUCAUCAUUUACUGAACACAAUAAGAGCUCGCCCUCAGUGGUUGACAAUAGAGGGCGGCUCUAAAUCAUAUGUCGAUGCUGUCAUGAAAGGAUUCCCUCCCAAUCAUCUUUUUCUCAAGACACCAGUCAGGCAUGUUACGACUGAGAGCAACGGUCAAGUUAGGCUGCACCUGGAAAAUGGUUCAUCAGCUCUGUACGACCACGUCAUUCUCGCCACACAUGGUGAUGAGGCAUUCGAUAUCAUCAAGUCAUCCGCCAGUGAGCAAGAACGUUCCAUCAUGUCCAGUUUCAAGACGUCACAAAAUGAAGCCGUUCUUCACUCCGAUCUCGAUAUGAUGCCUCGCCGUAAGAAGGCUUGGGCCAGCUGGAAUUAUCUUGCAGUGUCAUCGCCGUCUUCACGAAAGGGAAACAUCAACCAGGUUUCAGUCACUUACAACAUGAACAUUCUUCAGCACAUUCCUCGAAACACAUUCGGCGACGUCUUCGUUACUUUGAACCCGCUUCAAAGGCCAAAGCCAGCAAAAACGCAGGGACGUUAUUAUUACUCGCAACCUAUAUACACCUCAUCCGCCGUCCGAGCACAGAAACUUCUAAAACACAUCCAAAACACUCGCGGUAUUAGUUAUGCCGGCGCGUGGACCAAGUACGGUCUCCAUGAGGAUGGUUUCAGCAGCGGACUCGAAGUGGCCCAAGAACACUUGGGUGCUAAGCUCCCAUUCGAGUUUACCGAUUCUACAUACAGCCGAGGCAAGAUCCCAAGCCUAAGUCUCAUUGAUCAUUUGUUACGCUUGAUCAUCUUGGUGAUUCAGGUUUUUGUGGUUCAGAUCCUUGAACGAUUGGUCGGGAGCAGUCCUUCUCCACGUCAACGGCUUGUGAAUGGUAACAGGGUGAGAUUUGCAAACGGAAAGCAUCGAUAAAAGUGAAUUGUGUGUCUAUUUGGUAGGAGUUCUUUAAGAUUGGUAGUUUUUCUGAUUUGCAGGCGUGCACUUGAGGUUAAGUUAUAUAGCAUAAAGCGAUGAGAUUGCAUAGGCAGGUUUUAUACUGCAUGAUUACUGAAUUCGAUAUCAUUUCUUCUUUCACACUCUUGGGUUGGCAAACAUCAUGGGGUACUAGGCUCGCAAGUUAGAGUAAUAUGAUACUUGUUG